AUGUCAUCUGAGAUAAACUUCGAAAAAGUAUUGGAUACGAAGUGGAGUGACAAAGCUCCAGCUCAUCAAGAAGAUUCUGAAUCUGUCAUUGACAAUCCGACUAUAUUGAAGUCCAUUGUGGUCACUUCCAUUCCUUCGAUUGCUGGCCUUUUAUUCGAAUUCUUGGUUCAAGUUGUCAACUUGAUAUUCGUGGGCAAUUUAAACAACCCUGCAGCCCUUGGUGGUGUGGGACUUGCCAACAUGCUUCUCAAUGUUGUCUGCUUCUCUAUCGGAAUGGGACUCAAUGGAGCAAUAGACACAUUGGUUUCACAAGCUUAUGGAAAUCACAAAUAUUAUUUAUGAGGAUGCUACCUCAACAGAGGACGAAUCAUUCAGGCAAUGUUCUUCAUUCCUGAAGUGAUAAUUUUGUUGUUUACUAAAGAAAUUUUGAUUCUGCUAGGACAAGAAGAAGAUGCUGCUAACUAUGGUAGGACCUAUGUCCUCAUCCUGCUUCCAGGAAUGUUUGCAAUGACUCAGUUCGAAACAGUCAGAAGAUACUUGCAAGGCAUGGAAAUCUUCUCUCUGUCUAUGUGGAUCCAGUGUGUUACGAUGGUUAUCCAUAUUGUCAUGUGAUAUCUCUUGGUGUUCACUUACGAGUUCGGAGUUGCAGGAGCUUCAAUAGCCACCUGUAUUACAUUCUGGUUGAAUCUGCUGAUCAUAACUGGGUACAUUACAUUCAGAGAAGGAGUGGUACCUGAAGGGUCCUGGUUCUUUUUCAACAAUGACAGCAUGAAAGGAUGGGGAACCUACCUCAAAUACGGAAUCCCAGCAGCCUGAAUGCUCUGACUUGAGUGGUGGUCAUUUGAAGUUCUCUCAUUGUUCGCAGGGUUUCUUGGAGUCAACGAACUUGCUGCUAAUGUGGUCUUGUUCAACACACUUGCAGUAUUCUUUGUCAUUCCAAAUGGAACAGGCUAUGCUAUCUCAGCAUUAGUCGGGAAUAGUCUGGGAGAAGGAAACCCAGCUAAAGCAAAGAGAUACUACCUCAUAUCCAUUAUGUGGGUAGUCUUCUUGACAGCUAUCAUCAUUGUGGUUAUGAUUGUUUUGAGAGAAGACAUUGCAUUCAUUUAUACUCAAGAACUCAAUGUUGUCAGGUUAGUGGUGAGCACAGUCCCAUACUUUUCUCUCAUGUUGUUUUUCGACAACUUACAAGCAGUGACUUCUGGAACUGUCAGAGCCAUCGGUUACCAAGACUAUGGAAGUUGGCUUGCUCUUGUAGGAUUUUGGGUAUUCUCAGUUCCUCUAGCUUACAUAUUCUCGCAUGUGGUGGGCUUGAGACUGGUAGGAAUUUGGCUUGGAGUCCCUGCUGGAACACUUUUCGUUGCAGUCUCAUACAACCUCAUCUGUGCCUUUGUGGACUGGAAAAAACUAUCAGACUCUAUCCAACUCAGAAUCCACAAGGAACAAUCAGAACUCCAAAAACCCCUAUUACCAAAAGAAUAAACCCAAUCUACUAAUUGAUAAGUUCCUAGCACAACCUAUUAAAAUC